UAUCAUUGCGGAAUUUGAUUCCACACAGUCAACAACAACUCCAGUCUCAGCUUCAGUCUUAGUCUCUCAUACAACACGGAUUACCAUGACGAGCAUCUGCGCUAGCAACGUUAGCAAUAGCUAUCAACAUUUCCAGCUGACCAACGGCAACAUUAUGUUGCUGCAACCAAACCAUCAACAGCAGCAGCAACAACAACAUCAAGGGCAACAGCAGCAUCAUCAUCAGCUGAUUGCCCCAAAACUAAUGCCAUUGGGCAAUAGUCAACUGCAGAACAUUCAACAGCAGAGCAGCCAAGUGGGUCCCAUUCUAUCCAAGAAGGCGAAAUACAAUAACUACACCAAUGCCAUGCCCUAUGGAAACGGUGCUGGUGGCGAGCAAAUGCCAUCGGUGGCCCGGCGCAAUGCCCGUGAACGCAAUCGUGUCAAACAGGUGAACAACGGUUUUGUCAAUCUCCGUCAACAUCUGCCCCAGAGUGUGAUCAAUAAUCUCUCCAAUGGCGGUCGUGGCGCCAGCAAGAAGCUCUCGAAGGUGGACACCCUGCGCAUUGCCGUAGAGUAUAUACGCGGCCUGCAGGAUCUUCUCGACGAUGGAUCGUCGCCCAUGGCAAUGCUCUUCAAUGCCAACUCCUCAUCAUCAGUAUCCUCGUCGGCGGAUGAGAGCAGCAACGAUGCCACCAGCUAUCAAGAAUACAACAGCAGCAUGGGCAGUCCACCACAAGCCACACAGUUUGUCCACCAUCAGUCGCACACCACUUCCUAUCAUUCAGCCGGCUCGCCAACAUCCUCCUCCGCCUACAGCGAAUGCGAACAUCCAUCGACCUAUGUCAAGCAGGAGGUCAAAUCGUUUGAAUCCUUCGACAGCUUCAGCGAUGAGCAGCCCGAUGAUGAGGAACUCCUCGACUAUAUCUCAUCGUGGCAGGAGCAGUAAACAAAUUUCAGUUGCUGUGCAACAUUCAACACCCAAAAAACGCCAAGUGAAGAAACCAAAAAAAAAAACUGUACAA